UUAACCUAUGCUGACACUCAUCCGAUGUAUACUAUGGAAAACUACCCGAACUUUUUCCGAGUAGUGCCGAGCGAAACUGCAUUCAAUCCAGCAAGAGUCGCCCUGUUGCAGCAUUUCAACUGGACACGAGUUGGUACUCUUUACCAGAAUUCCCCACGUUAUGCUCUGCCCCACAGUAAACUACUGACAGAUCUCGAGACAGCGAAAAUCGAGAUAGCUUCACAACACGGGUUUGUAGAUGAAUCAAAGUCGGCUGUACACAAGUUAAAAGAGAAAGAUGUGAGAAUCAUCUUGGGGAACUUUGACCAAAGCUGGGCUGAGCAGAUAUUCUGUGAG